GAGACAGAGAGUGGUUUGUUUUGGACCUGGACUUCAUCUUUGUUGUCUAUUGAGAUGAGAAAUGAAAUAGUGAUUUGUAUUUUUUUAGUACCUUGACAGAAAGUUAAUGGUAGUGGCUUACGGCUUGGUCAUAAGUUGUUACCGUGGAAAAUUGGACCGUUGGUAUUGACAUCGUAACUAGCUUUACAGUAAUAAUUUUUUUGGUGUUCCUAAUAAGUUACCUGCAAUAUGGGGGUACCGAAAUUCUUUCGCUAUAUUAGCGAAAGAUACCCCUGUUUAAGUGAAAUUGUGAGAGAAUAUCAGAUCCCGGAGUUUGAUAACUUGUAUCUGGAUAUGAAUGGUAUUAUUCAUGUGUGCUCUCAUCCAAAUGACUUCGAUCCUCAUUUCAGAAUCACGGAGGAAGAUAUUUUCAAGGACAUAUUUAUUUACAUAGAGACGUUGUUUCGUAUGAUCCAACCUAAGAAGUUAUUUUUUUUAGCCAUCGAUGGUGUCGCGCCAAGAGCAAAAAUGAACCAACAACGAGGACGGAGAUUCAAAUCUGCUAAAGAGGCAGAAACCCUAGAGAAAGAAGCCCUGGCCAAAGGGGAAAAACUUCCAGAUGUGGAACGAUUCGAUUCCAACUGUAUCACUCCAGGAACGGCGUUCAUGGCAAGGCUUCAAACUGAGUUGAAGUACUGGAUUACUUACAAAAUAAAUUCCGACAAAAUUUGGAGAAUACCAACUGUGAUUUUGUCCGGCCAUGAGACACCAGGUGAAGGAGAACAUAAAAUCAUGGAUUACAUUCGUUUUUUGAAAUCGAAACCUGACUAUGACCAAAACACAAGGCAUUGUCUGUACGGGCUUGACGCUGACUUGAUAAUGCUGGGGCUUUGCUCUCAUGAGCCUCACUUUUCUCUACUGCGUGAGGAGGUGAAAUUCAAUAGGAACGCACAAAAGAAGCGCUCAAACGCGCCAGAUGAGAUAACUUUCUUCCUGCUCCAUUUGUCGCUCAUGAGAGAAUACAUUGAGCUCGAAUUCCAAGAAUUGAAAGAAACCUUGAAGUUUCGCUUCGACUUGGAAAAAAUUAUUGACGAUUGGGUACUAAUGGGCUUUCUCGUGGGAAAUGAUUUUAUUCCUCAUCUUCCUCAUCUCCAUAUUGCUUCUGGAGCCCUUCCAAUCCUAUAUAAGGCUUACAUUGAUGUGAUGCCUACUCUCGAUGGUAAAAAUGGAGUUAAUGAUAGCAGCGGAUCUCAAAAAAAGAAUUCCGAAUUGGCUGCUCUUAUCAAAGAAACCGAAGAGUUAUUUGGUGAUGAUAUUUACUAUUCAGAAAGUGACGAUGAGGACUGCAAUAGUGAAAGCGUCACAAUGAGCUCCAUGAUGAAAGCUGAAUUCAGUCAGCAUAAAAACGAUUACUAUAAGAACAAAAUGGAGUUUACGGAAGUAACACAAGACGUUCUUCAGUCUCAAGCCGAAUGCUACGUGCGUGCGAUCCAAUGGAACCUGAAUUACUACUAUAAUGGAUGCUGUUCUUGGUCUUGGUUCUAUCCUCACCAUUAUGCACCCUACAUGUCGGACAUCCGAAAUUUUUCCGAUUUCAAAUUGGACUUUGAUCUAGGGGAGCCAUUCCUUCCUUUCCAACAAUUAUUAGCUGUGCUUCCGGCUGCAAGCAAGAAACUACUUCCAGAACCGUUUCAAGAGCUCAUGAUGGGUGUAGACUCUCCUAUUAUAGAUUUUUAUCCUCUUGACUUCGAUACAGAUCUAAAUGGAAAAAAGCAGGAUUGGGAAGCUGUAGUCCUAAUCCCUUUCAUUGAAGAGAAAAAACUAUUGAAAGCCAUGGAACCUCGCUAUGAUCGUUUGACAGAUGAGGAAAAGAGAAGAAACAGUCAUGGGCCCAUGCAUAUCUUCAAUUAUACUCCGGAAGAUCUUGGUUUAUGUGAACUAUCGGAAAAUUAUCCGAAAAUAAAAAGCAAUCACGCGGAAGUGACCACAAUGUACAGGGAAGAUCUUUAUGUUGAAAAAAGUAACCUUGUACGUGGUUUAUGUAGUGGAGUUAAACUGGACACUUAUUUUCCUGGUUUCCCAACAUUGAAGCAUCUGGAUUUCAAGGCAAAAUUGGAGAAAGGAAAUGUGUUGGUUUUCGAGCAGCCAAGUCGAGGUGAAAACAUGAUUUUGACAUUGGCACCGAAAGCAAGCAGCAACAUUACGAAGCUGGUCAACGCCCUCAUGGAUCAAGUGGUGCAUGUCAGCUGGCCUCAUCUUAGAGAAGCUAGGAUAUCAGCAAUAUCUGAUGGUGAAUAUCGCUACUCAUUUAGGAGCAAUUCUUCCAAUGAAAAGAAGGAGAUUGUGAAAGAAGAAUUAAAAGGAGGAGGAAAGCGAGAGCUUUGGCAGGCUGAAGGCAGAACAAUUGCUUUGGAGUGGGAAGCUGUGCCGACUCCAUUCGCAUACCAAACAGUUGUUGAAAACUUGAAAGUACAAGAGGAUGUGAAAGGUCGUGAAUUGACUGUUGAAGACAUUUUCAAACCAGGAGGUUUCUGCUUUGUACUGGCUACAAAAUUUUAUGGUGAUAUGGGUAUGAUUGAUCGGAAUGUUGCACGAUAUGAUGGAAAAAUCAAACUAACCAUCUGUCAUACUUCUGAACCGGAUUUCAGGACUGCCAAAGCGAUUGCUAGCAAGCUUAGAACACUCUUUAUAACAGGGAAUGCUAUGUCUAACAAUCUAGGUCUGUCCGGCCACUUGCUCUCAAGGAUAACAGGUUCGAUUUUCAUUUCAAAAGAUGACAGUGAAGAUGCCAGGAAAGUGAAUGUUGGACUGAGCUUGAAAUUCAAUAAAAAAAAUCAAGAGGUUUGUGGCUUCACAAAGAGGAUGCAAAAUGGCAUGUGGCUUUAUUCUCCAAAAGCUGAACAACUUGUAAGAGAUUACAUGAAUGUUGCAUCAGAUCUCAUAUGUUAUCUCUCUUCAAAUGCUGGCAAUGAUGUGUUCUGCCUGCAGGAUAUCUUUCCUGAAAAUGGGGAAAAACGACUUUCUGAAAUAACAAAUUGGUUGAAAGAGAACACUUCGAAAUUGACGCGACAGAAUUGUGGAUCCGAAGUUUUGGAUGAAGAAGUUAUCAAAAUUCUGGUGAAGACUGUCGACGCUUUUGAAUCUCCAGAAACUAAAACGUCCAUUAUCCAGUGCAAACCUCAGUUGUUGGUUUUGCCUGUGACCAGCCUUGGAAGGCAGUGCCCGGAUCCAGCUGCUGAAAGCAAGAUGUUUGACAGAGUGAGGAACAUCAGAGAAUCCUAUUGUGUUCCUCUUGGCAUGAAGGGCACAAUUGUAGGAGUUCAUCUAGCUGAAAAGGAGUGUGAUACUAGCUAUGAUGUUAUGUUUGACGAGGAAUUCCCUGGUGGUCUCAGUUUGAACGGGUCUGGUAAGAGGUGCUGCCGAGCUCUGAAGCAGUCGUUCAUCAACCUGAGUUACGGCGAGCGAAUGACCAAUGCCAAGCAGCAGCCUCAACAACAACAACAAGCAAACUUCAGAUCGCAAAACCAGGAAAGCAGCUAUGCGACUACUGGACGCAAUGGAAGAAACUCAUCCGCAUUUGUAUCGUGUCAAGAUUCGAAAGAAUAUAACAAAGACGAAACUCUUAUUAAGGCUCUUGAAAGGAAAAUUAUCAAGUUUGUCCCGGAGAAAGAUCCAAAGAAGUCAUCAAAUGAGACUCCGCCUCAAACAACGCAAAAAUCGAACAAUCCAGUAAAAUUGUUGACUAGAUCUCCUAAGGAUCAAUCUCGAAAUGUUGACGCUCCUUCUGAUCAACUGAAAAAGUUGUUGAAAAUCAGUGAUAAUUUUCCUCAGCAGCCUUCAGCAACAUCGGCUGGGAGACCUCUUCUGGAGACUCCCCCCUCCACAAUGCCUGCUCACUCAUCCAGCAAGCCUCUUUUCAACAACUCUCCUCCAGGGACCAAUCGUUCACCCAGGAAGCCUCUUUUAGAUAAUCCCCCGGCAUCCAGGAAGCCUCUUUUGGAUAAUCCCCCGCCAAUGCCUAACUUUGCUCUCGCAAAUGCUUUCUUCAAUGUUCAACAGCAGAAAACGAACCAAACCUACUAUCCUAAUCAUCAAAUGUACACUAAUGUUGCGCAGCUCAACUAUGGCUUCCAAGGUGCGGCUGCAUUCCUUCCUGGCCAACAAAUGCAGCUACCAUUUAGGAUGAAGAUGCCCGUACGACCUCCUUGUGGAUUCGGGCCUCCACCUCCGCCUUUCCAAUGGCAACAAAAUGACGGGAUAAGAGGUCACACAAUGACAAAUACAGGGAGAGAUGUUGCUGGCCAUCAACAGUUUCUGGAAGACAUUCAUAUGCAGCCAAAUCGGUGGCAAAGGGAUUUCGUAGAUUCGUCCUACCAGAGUGGCCAAGGCCAAGGCCAACCGCAGUCUUAUCAACCUUAUCAAAAUUCCAAUCGCUAUCAAUUCAGUCAGAGUUGGAGUGGGAAUCAGUCGAACGACAGUCAAAGAGCUGCCAAUUAUAAUCCGAAUCAAUCACAAGGCCAAGUUAUGCAGAAUGCGUCAAUGCAUCAGAACAACGUUCCACCACAAGCCUCACGACCGCAGUCUUCGACUCAGGAACCAAGAUGGAGGAUAGCAUGUAACUUCAAUAAAACACCUGAAUUCAAAUAGACUAACAUUAUAUGAAUCCAAAAUGAGUGAGAAGAAACUAAGAAAUGAAAAAAAUGUGACUCAACAGGAAUUCUUUCCUAGAACUGUGAUCAUCAUUAUGAGCUGUGUUAUCUCAAUCUUCGCCAUAAUAUAAUAGUCUAAUUUGAAAAUUAUGUUUCUAAUUCUAGAGCCACUUAAUCAGGUAUUGAUGUUGAGCGAGUAUUUUAACUAGACGAUUCUAAGUAUUAUGUGAAGAGAGUAAUAGGACGAUUUUCUACCAAACCUUAGUGAAGUCAUUCCUCAUUAUUGUGAAAAUGGCUACAGUAUUCUAUUUAUAUUAGACUUGUUUUUCGUUAUCCGUGAUAAUUUCAUUCUACACAAAUUAUAUUUAUCUAUCUUAAUACAUUCAUUUUACAUAUACAUUUCUAAGAAAUAAUAUUUCCUUGCUACUUACUACUUAGAAUUAAUAUUUACUUGCUACUUUAUUUUCUCUGCUUUCAUGAUAGAAGAAAUUAUUGUUCUAUUUCUUCCUCUAGUCAUUGAGUGACUCAGUUUAUUCAUUUUACAAAUGAUAUUUGACAUUAAUGACAUUUUACAAUAUUUAAGAAUUGGCUUGGUACAUUAUCGUCCAUUUUGUAUUGGUCGAAGAAUACUACACAAUACCUUAGUUAAGUUCACCUUAGUAUAUUUUUCUUUCUUUUCAUAUGCUUAACUUCGAAAGUUUUGUAUCUCUUAGUACUUGACAUUCCAAAAAUUUCCCUUAUAAACGUUAGUUCUUGAAUCUCCUGGAAAAUUUAAAGGUUUCUAUUAUUGAUCGUAUAAUUUCAAGGUUUCAACUGAAGAUGUGUGCCAAUUUUUUUAUUCUCAUAGACACAUACUUUCUGAGAAAUAAAAUGGAAUUUAUCUUAUUAGGGAAGCUAGACUUGGCAUCUCGGCUGAAUAUACUUGUUAAUGAUUAGGCCUAUACUGCUUAUAAUGCUAAUUUGUUCUGCAUGCAAUCUAUCAUUUUAAUAUUAAUAUAAAAUCUGAUUCAACUUACUUUUUUAUUUUUUCAUUCUGGGUGAUGAACAAUUCAAUUUUUCGAAUUGUAAUACAAUUUUGGAAUAGAAAUCGUUUUGACUGUAUGUCGAGUAUUUUAUUCUGUCAUUUUGUAUUUUUUACCUAAAAAAAUAUACUGAUAGAAUAGC